AAAAACAUCAAAUAUUAUUUGAUUUAGUUUGUGUUCGUGUCGUUAAUUUUGUAACCGAGAAAAUUUUUAGUCAAAUAGUUGAAAAUCGGGAUGGUCCAUAAUUAUUUGAAGGAAACGCUUUUCGGUUCAUUUGUUUAUUCAUUUCUUGCUAGUGUCAAUAUGUUCCCAACGGAAAUAAUUUUCAUUGAAUUAAAAGUAUAAAGAAGAAAUGUCCUGUAUUAUUUCCAGACAGCCACUCUAUAUAUCAUACUGAUAUAGGUAUCGUUAAAUAAAACGCAAUUUUAGUAUCUUUUGUACAUAAAAAUGACAAGUGAGAAGGAGGUUUGUCGCAUUUGCCAUCAGGUUAAAGGGGUAAAGCAUAUUAUGUGUACACCAUGCAAAUGCGUUGAUGAAGAGAAGUAUGUACACGAGGAUUGCCUGAUACAAAUGAUAGCAGAUACGGAUCAACUUUAUUGCAAGAAGUGCAACUUCAUAUAUAAACUGAAAAUUAAUUUUUUAUCGCCUUGGAAAAAAUUGCUUUUGUUGUUUUUGCACUACUUGAAAAGUCUUAGCAAUUAUGGAACAGUACUACUAAUUAAAGCUAUAGUGCUGAUUGUGCUCCAAUAUGUGGUUGUGCCACUGUUAUGUGGGUUCUUCGUUUGUGUAAGUACGGUUUCGAUGCACGGUAGUAGUUUGACUCAAAUGCGGAAUGCUUAUAAAAGUAGUCCAAUUAAAACUAUCGGCAAGUUUUAUCUUAUUGGGGCGCUCUAUGUGGUUUGCUUGUGGGUUACACUCUUUCAUUUGCAACGUGUAGUGCAUCCAGUCCUACUUGCGAAAAUCAUGCGCUUUCCUUGUAUGGAAUAUUUUUUUGACAAGAAAUUAUUUCAAAUUCCAAGAGGGCAAUGUCCGUUUUAUGCUUUGAAUCUUGUGAUGUUUACCUGCUCGGCUGUUUUACUUCAACUCAUGGUGCCUCUCAAGUUACUUAGUUUGAUGAACCUUAUGAAGUUUAUUCAUUACAACGAUUUACUUUGGCUACGCGCUAUGAUAUACGGAAUAAUUUAUGUUGGUUUAAUUACAUUAGUGAUUCCUCGCUGUUGUACUUAUAUAUUAUGCAAAUUGGAGCUUAAUGAAUACGUACUACCAAUUAAUAGCACUAAUCAAUUAUCGGAGUUACGAUUGGAAUGGAACAUGAUAACAGAUCUAAUUGAACGCUACUUCCAUUCACCAGAUGUUGCAACAAAUACGGCAGUUCCUACGUUAAAGAUAACACCCCUUGUAUUAGGUCGUCUAUUAUUAUUACUGCUAUGCUUACUAACAUCUAUUGUUGCUGGAUCGCUGCUUUUGUUCUUAGGAGAAAUAUUAAUUUUGAAUAUAACUUCGAUUAUUCUUUUUUGGAUACCGGGCACCGUGGAAGUAUAUCUUAUUCUUUUGGUGUUAUACUGUAAUGAUUUUCAUAAUCAAAUUUAUGUACUGAACUGGAGAGACAUAAUUGUGUACAAUGUCGAUCGCAUAUUUGCAUAUUCCAUUUUUUGCUUCAGUUAUUAUUUAGUAACUUUAAUAUAUCACCAAACAACUUUUAUGAUAUAUAGUGAAGUGGGUUUCGAUGAAAAUAAAAUAAGAGAUUUUGGCUUUUUACUAUAUGGGAUAUUACAUGUACCUGACGCAAGAAGUGCAAUAAAGCGUGUCUUCUCUGAAGAACUUCAUAAAUUCAACAUAAAUAGCGUAAUAAUAGAAAUAUGUGUGCCGGUUGCAUGUUUCCUAAUAGAACUCUACUUAUCCUCACUUGCACUGUACCAAAUAGUUCCUUUAAUUGUGCAAGAUUUCUAUCUACAGUUCUACGUCAUACGAUAUAUGCAUUUCUUCAUUUUUUUGUCCACACUUGCACCGGCAGCCAAUAAAUUUAUAAGAUAUUUGUUGCGCUGUUAUACUACUCACUAUGAACGCAAUAAGAUGAAGUAUUUCAUAGCAGAAGUUCAUUUCGCUAAUAUCAACGAAGCUGAAGCAGAUGGAAAGGUUAACCAAGCUGGAGAUAUUAUGGCACUGGCAGCUGCUCCUGAAAAUGUUCUUGUCGAGUUUUUAAGUAGUUGUUUUUAAUGACUUCCCAAUUAUCAAAAAAUGUUAAGCAAAUAAUCAAUGUUAAAAUCAAUGUAAAAAUUAAAGUCUAAAUAUUAUUCUAUGAUUAAUGCUUAUAAAAAGUAAUUGCUUGCAAGCAUUAAAUUAUUCU